AUGCAAUGUCUCUAUGUAUUAUUCUUUCGAACCCCGCCUCAGUUCAUCAUGCUUCGUUUGUUAAACACUAGCCGUCAUUGCGCCAACCAACAGCUACAAUCACCCCUCUUUGCGCUUCCUCCUGAAAUCCGGCGCAUCAUCUUUCGCUAUGCGGUAACAGGUUACCCUGACCCCUCAAAAGAUGCCCAAUACGAUGAAGAUACUUGUUACAGACGGCCAGGCUUCUUCUCCCGGCACCGGAUCGAUACAGACUUGCUGCGAACAUGUCGUGCUGCCCUUCUUGAAUCUUGGGAUAUGCCUCUAAUUCACACGGAGCACGUAUUUUGGCUAGCCUGGGGCAACCGAGCACCGCCACAUUCAAACUGGCAUAGUCAGUUGAUCAAAUUCAGCAGGGCGGCAGCUAGUUUAUCUCUGGACGCUGCAGCCAUCGACGACAUGCGCAUCUUUAUUCAAAUGUUUAAUUUCGACGAUGGUGACCUACAACAGCUCAUGGAGAUGGAUAUGAUCAUUGCUCGUCGCAUCACCUUUACAAUUCGACAUACCGACUGGUGGCAUUGGGAGAGUGAUAACGAACUUUACUUUAAUUCCCGCUGGCUUCAUGGCUUCUUUGGUCUCCUCCCGGAAGAAACAGAAGAAAUCUGUUUUGAGUUGGAGACUGUGGCUCGCAAAUUAGACCAGCUCCAGGGGAUUGCAAAGCAGAUGCAGGAGUCUUGGUAUUUUAGGAAGAGGAAUGGCCAAAUUCUAUUGGCCGAUGCGAGUCUGUCUACACAUCCCAUGAGAUGGAGAGGCUCUAGUACAUGGGAAGGCACUCAUUGGGAUCGAGACGAAUGUGAGCCCGGUAAGAUUGAAUAUGUGGUGAUAACAGUUAAUUUCCGGCCACGUGAGGCUAUUUUGAAAGAUGGUGGGAAGCUGUACGAUUCUGCACUGGCGAAUGCCCUAAGAGAUGAUCCAGAAACGUACAAACUGGAAUUGAACAAUGGCGAUUCCGGGAUAGGCUUCUUAAUUUAUGCUGCUGGUUCAGACGAUGACGAUGACGAGAACCACUCUGAUGAGGAUGCCGAGGAUGCCGAGGAUGCUGAGGAUAGUGAGAAUGUUCCAGGCGACGAUGAAUACAGCGAAGGUAGUCAGACACCUCUUCACUGA